UCCGUUUGACCAAUUCCUAAGUCUUACCUCAUUGGUUUUUCCGAAUUAUGUUUAUUAUUAUUCUCAUUAAAUUUUCCAAAAAAAGAAAAAACAUUUUCAUAAAAAAAUAUUCAAAUGUGUCACUGUGACUCACACAGUAGAAGAAUGAGUAAUGUGAUCAUCGAGUAUCAAGCAAAAAAAUAAGCCCAAAAAUCAGUGAUAUUUGAACAGGUGGAAGUGUGAAAGAGUCAGAAACUGAGUGUUAAUCCUUAGAGUGUGGUUCUUGAUUACUAGCUAUAUAUAAUAGUGAGAGAGUAGAGAAAAAAAAAUCAUACUCAAUUUAUUCUAUUUACAUUUUAAGGUUGAUGAUGGAAUGUGCAAGUGUUGACAAGCUUUGUGCUUGAAGCACUUGCAUUCUGUUUCUCUUAUUCUUCUGUUUUUGAUAGUAACAAGACAGGUAUGGAAAUUUCUGAGGGUACAAGGAUUCUUUUCGAGAAAAUUCAAAGAUUUGAGCCGGAGUAUGCUCCAAGGAUCAUUCACAAUCUCCUUAUGCAAGAACAUGGUGAACAAGAGAUUGCUAAAUUAGCUUCAUUUCCAGAUCAUAUGAUCCAUGAACUUUCUGUUAAAGCAAGAAUUGGACUAGAAAUGCUGGCUACUCGAUCAGCGGCGGGGAAUCAUUCGCCAGCAAGCUUCCAGGUUCACUCUCCCUUUUACAAUAUGCAUGAUGGAAAUACUAAUUCAGAUUUUAUGCCAUUAGGUUUUAUGGAUUCCAUCACCGAACAUCAAACUCGUACCGCAUUGUUCGGUUUGGAGAAUCUUCAGUAUGUAGAUAGUGUAAAGUCUACAGCAGCUAACUUUAAUCCUUACAAUAAUGUUAAUUACUACUUAGAAUAUGUUUCUAGAGUUGCUGGUUUGAAUAGGAAAAACGGUAGAAGGUCUUCGAACACGACCGAGUUUCCAUUCAAAACAUGUUACUAUUUCAGCAAAGGUUAUUGUAGACAUGGAAAUAGUUGUAGGUUCUAUCAUAAUGGACAAACUGUUUCUGAGCUGUACGGAAACAACGCUGCUUACGACGAACAAGUGAUUUCGCUCGGAUCGCUGGCGAAACUAGAGUCGGAAAUCGUGGACCUUUUGAAACAAAGAGGAAACCCUAUUUCAAUUGCUUCACUUCCAAUGGCAUACUAUGAUAAGUACAAAAAGGCCUUACAGGCAGAAGGUUACCUCGCGGAGAGCCAGCGACAUGGUAAGUCAGGCUGCAAUUUGACGAGGCUGCUGAUUCGAUUGAGAAAUAGCAUUCGGCUAAUCGACCGGCCUCACGGGCAGCAUGAUGUGGUUUUGGCCGAAGAUGCGCCAAAAUUCAAGGGAAAGGCAGACUGUCAACAUAUCAGUGCAUCACAACAAAUUUACUUGACAUUUCCAGCUGAUAGCACUUUCUCUGAAGAUGAUGUAUCAAACUACUUUAGAACUUUUGGAUGCGUUAUAGACGUAAGGAUUCCGUGCCAGCAUGAAAGGAUGUUUGGAUUUGUGACAUUUGUUUAUCCAGAAACUGUGAAAACAAUUCUGGAGGAGGGAAAUCCUCACUAUGUUCGUGGUUCGCGAGUUCUUGUGAAACCUUACAAGGAGAGGUCAAAACUUGUUGACAGGAAGAACCAAUACCGAUUCGAGCAGCACCAUGUUCGUUAUUCACCGCAAUAUGCUGACUUCAAUGCUGAAAUCACUUCAAGUCCAAUAAGUUGUGGAAAUGCUCGGUAUCAGACAAGGCUUCGCAUUGACGAGCAAAACCGAUUCUUUGAAUUGCAGAGAAGGCGUCUUGCAAUGUUGCAAGUUGCCCAAAGAUCUUUCUCUAGUCCACCCCAUUUAGGCAUCAACAUGAACGGACCGAGAGUUUCAGAUGAUAAUCUCAAUGUCCAGCUCCAGCCCACCGAAUCUUUCAGUUAUGCAGGAAAUUUCAUAGCCAAUAACACCGAUGAGGACAGCAGGGAAGGAGUGCACCAACCAGAUAGCGCGUUUUCGUUUCGCAUAGAUACAACAAUCAUGUAGUUUAGUUUCAGAAUGGAAGGCAGGAGACUUAUAGAGUUACAAUAACUCAGUUUAGUCAAAGAAGGUUCUUUUCGCAACUCAGUUUAGACAAAGAAGGUGUUGUUGCAUGUUAUAGUUUUUAGUUAGUUAUAGAAGCAAUAGUUAUUAGUUAGUAAUAUCUUUUAGAAUAAAAUUCAUCACUGGAUGAAAGGAAAGGAACUAUGCGAUAUUUUAGGAUAUUUUAAGCUAUUCAGAAUAAAGAAAGAGAAUAUCUUAGCUAGGAAAGGCUUAUUGUCAACUGAAAAGGCAAAACCGUUUUCUAUGUAAGGGUAUACUUGAUGUUUAGUUAAUUUAAUAUAUGCAGAAU